GAAAUUUCCGCGGGCGGAGGCGCGCAGGCAGGCGGCAGCAUGGCUGAGGUGGGGCCGCCGCCGGCGCAGAGCAGCACCGGCCUGCAGCGGUGUGUCGAGGAGGCGAAGCCAGAUCUGCUCCAGGAAAAUGAUUCCUGCAGUGGUUACGGCAGUCAUGACAAACCAGGGACUGCUUUAGGAAGGACUGUGCCCAACAGGAAUGUGCUUUUUCCAGAUACUUUUCAUACUGAUCAUCUUUUGUUUUAUGAGCGCUUUAAAGCUUACCAGGAUUACAUCUUAGCUGACUGCAAAGCUUCUGAAGUGAAAGACUUCACAGCUGAGUAUCUGGAGAAGGUCAUUGAACCAUCUGGAUGGCAAGCAGUCUGGCGCACUAAUGUGUUUGAGGUCCUCGUUGAGGUUGUUGAUAUGGAGUACUCUGCUCUGAAAGCAGUUGUGCAACUUAGUGAGCCUUUCCUGUGUGAGUCACAGGAUAGCACCUUUACCUUUGAGUGCAUGCAGGAACUCCUGGAGCUGAAGGAGCGUCAGAUACCACUACAGGAGCUGUGGGUUGUGUAUGAUGAGUCAGGAGAGUUUGACCAGACAGCACUAGCUGUAGAGCAUGUCAGGUUCUUCUACCAGUGCAUCUGGAGGACCUGGGACGAGGAAGAGGAGGAUGAUUUUGAUUACUUCGUGCGAUGCGUUGAGCCUCGACUGAGAUUGCAUUAUGACAUUCUUGAACACCGUGUGCCUUCUGGGAUUGUAGCUGAUUACCAGGACUUGUUGUCUCAGUGCGAAGAGCUUUACAAGAAGUUCUUACAUGUGAGGAGCAGCAUAUCAAGCAGUGAUUUGGAUUCAGAAAUAGAAAACAUCUCCAUGGUGGAAGGACUAAAAUUGUACGAGAAAGUAGAGCACUUAAAACAAAAGCUAAAGCUAAUUGAGAAUCCUCUGCUGAGGUAUGUCUUUGGUUACCAAAAAUACAGUGGUCUUCAAGCUAAAGGACUGAGACCAAUGGGUACCAAGAUCACUCAUAUUGUGUCAUCAACCAUGAUGGCAAGUCUUCUGCAGUCGCUGGUGAGGGACAAACUUUGCCCUAAAGCUUGUGGUGAAGAACUAGAAAUACAGUUUCACAAUGAUCCACUGACAGCUGUAAAUGCCUGUUAUGAAGGAGACAGAGUCAUCAUCUGUCCUGGUCAUUAUGUUGUAGAUGGUGUGUUCUGCAUUGCUGAUUCAGUUGAACUAGAAGGCUAUGGCCUGCCAGAUGACAUCGUGAUAGAAAAACAGGGGAAAGGAGACAAUUUUAUAGAUUGCACAGGAGCCAAUAUAAGGAUCUCCAGUUUGAAGUUAAUACAACAUGAUGCUGUGGAGGGGAUUAUAAAUGUCCAUCAAGGGAAAACCACCCUGGAGAACUGUGUGUUACAAUGUGAAACUACAGGCAUAACAGUACGAACAUCAGCUGAACUACUGAUGCAAAAGUCAGAUCUGUAUGGUGCCAAGGGUGCUGGUGUGGAAAUAUACCCAGGUAGUACAUGUGCAUUGCUAGACAAUGGCAUACACCACUGCAAGGAGGGAGUACUGAUAAAGAACUUUUUGGAUGAACAUAAUGACAUUCCCAAGAUAACCAUGGUCAAUAAUAUGAUCCAUAAUAAUGAAGGAUACGGUGUGGUCCUGGUUAGACCAGCAAUACCCUCUGAUGUAAAGGAUGCUUCUGAAUUGAGAACAAAAGGGGGUACACACCCUACCCAGGCAGGUGGUGGGACAACUUGUGUGGGGGACUUCAGACAAGAACAACUAUCUGGAUGUGUAACUGAGUUGGAGCUUUAUGAAAAAGCUGAAAAUUCUGAAGAAAUGGAAGGCAAUUAUGAAAUUGCAAAUGAACUUGGGACUACUUCUGCAAAGAAGCACCAGAUGCACAAGAAGAGACUGAGUGAACUGGGUAUCACAGAAGCUGACGAAAACUUAAUGUCCCAGGAAGUGUUUGUUUCCAUUGUGGGCAAUCAGUUCAAAUGGAAUGGGAAGGGAAGUUUUGGUACCUUUCUUUUUUGACUGGCCUGACUCCUAGUAGCAUUGCGAUUAAAAUAUUUGCACAAGCUAUUUUUACUGCUGCUUUCCAAGCAGUUAACCUGUUCCAUUAGCCUUACAUAAUGUCAAUAAAAUGUGACAAAUAUUUAUUAAUAGUGUAUAUACUGCAUGUGGAAACUUUGCUGCAUUGCUGCAAGUAUGGAGAACAUGGUAGAAAACAGCUCUAGCAUGGAGAUUGUGCAUGUGUUUUAAUAAUCUGUGUGCUACUUUUUCCUAGCUCUCCAGUGUUGUGGAAGUUUUUUUUAAUCUAUUAUGCUUUUCAUUGCGAGGGGAAAAAAGGAAAUCUUCAAAGAGAGAACACAGAGUUCAUCAUGGGAGAGUGGACAACAGAUGUUCAGCAACUAGUGGUAUAUCUUUCUCCAUGGUUUUCAGUGUCAUUCAUCUAUAGCUCACUGCUAUUAAACAUUGACAUGCUCUUUCUUAACAUAAAACAUUUACAAGUAUUUCAUUAGCUUCUAUUCAACAUAGUGGUUGGCUGCCAUGUUUCCUACUUGAAGGGAUUUCUAGAAAACAGCAUUUGGAAGGGUAGCAUAAUUCAGCCUUCUGUGUUUUUUCUUUGCCCAGCUGUUUACUUCGAGCAGCUAUCAGUGCCCAUGCACCUUUUCCUGAGGGAGGACAGCAUCUAACUAAAUCCCAUUAAUCUGAAUAAAGAGAAAUCAAAGUAAUGUCUCUAUUAGUGGCAUUCAUACUGUGCCUUUCAGUGCAUUAUUGUAACGCUUUUAAAACCGUAUGCCAUUUGUAGCAGCUGAUGUUUUGGAAAUGAAUGGAAAAUUAAAAUUAUGUUCUCAACUGCAA